AAGUAAGCUACAAGCAUUCAAAGCUUAAAGAAUCAAUCACUGUGAUUUAUAAUAUAUGAGAAAAAAGAAUGUAUAAUACUUACGUUCGUAUACUUUUGAUAUGAACGAAAUAUCAAUCUAACGUACAGAUCAUUUUGCAUAUAAAUUUAAUUUAGUAGACGUAUAUUUCCUUUCAAAGACUCGUUCUAAGAAAUGAAAACGGAAGCGAGAUUGCUUCGUUUGUGCUUCCACGACAAAGAGCAAACAUACGAAUUACGACAUAUCGUUGAUCAUGUUUUUCAACAUUUACCUUAUCGAUGAUCAUUGAGUAAUGUUAAUAGUAUUACGUAUAUGUAUAUGUAUGUGUGUGUGUGUGUGUCUGUUCUCUCUACUCCCCCUCUGUGAUUUUUUUUAUGAUACAUAUCUCCAUUAACGGAACACGAAAGGCGAAGUUCCGAUCGAUCCAUUUUUCAACUAACUUGCGAAAUUUUGCUCCGAGCGAGGAGACAUUUCAUGUAGUUACAUAACUUUCAUUAUACUUCGAGCAUAUAAGUCGAUUUUAACGAUUUGGCAAGAGAUCUCGAAUUCGUUACGUGUUCGAAAAGAAAAAAAAAGAUCAAAACAAAAUGAACAAUCAAGAAAAUUAGAUCAUAUAGUAAUAUACAUUAAUCAUUUGAUAACGAUUAAAGUAUUUCGAUCGUGAACUUCAUAUCAAUUUUUUCUUGAAUUUCUUUUUACAGGUAUGGCCAAUGUGAUGCCAUGGCUUCUCUCGAUGUCUCUUCUUGGUUUUCAACAAUUCGCAGCUCAUCCUGGCAUUGCACCGAUUUCACGAGAACUCGAAGCACCGAUUUUUCCCCUUCAUGACUCGUCAGCAGGUAAUCCGGUAUCGCAAGAAAAAUUAUCAACUCCAACUUCGUGUGAUUCUUAUGGGAAUUCGUUGGAAAAUAAAUUAACAGGGACAACUGAAAAAAACAAUAUUCUUUAUGGUUCUAUACCAAUUACGCCAGGUCGAUUUUUCCAAUCAAAUAAUCACGAUUACUCGAGAACCAUAGGCGAUGUCCUUAAGAACAAUGCCCAUUCGAUAAAUCAACUUGAAUUUCAUGAAUUUAAUUAUGAUCUCAAUCACGAGUCAGUUGAAGACGAGUACGUUGGACCAGCGAUGAGUUUGGUUUACGCUUGGUCGACCGUAGACUUUGAGUUCGAUAAUAUCGAAGAACGAGAUCAAGCUAUAUUUGAUGGUAAUUACAUAGCUGAAAAUAAUUUACCAUUAGGAUUAGAAGUAUAUCAAAACAAAGUCUUCGUUACUCUUCCAAAAUGGAAGGAAGGAAUACCAGUAACAUUGGCAACUGUUCCAAGAUAUUCCAAAACAAAGAGUCCAAAAUUGAAGCCAUAUCCUGAUUGGGAUUGGAAUAUGUUUGAUAAAUGCGAUGGUCUUACGUCAGUGUUUAGGAUACAAGUAGACGAAUGUGAUCGUCUUUGGGUUUUGGAUUCUGGAGUGACAAAUAUCGCGAAAAAACCAACGCAAAGUUGCCCACCGGUACUCUACAUUUUCGAUCUUCGAACUGAUAAAUUGAUCAAGAAAUAUACUUUACCACAGGAACAAGUAAAACAGGAUUCUUUGUUCACGAAUAUAGUGGUUGAUGUAAGAGAUGGAGAUUGUGGUGGCGCAAUGGCAUAUCUUUCAGAUGUCUGGAGAUUCGGUAUAAUCGUUUAUGACUUCUACAAGGAUUCAUCCUUCAGAUUCGAACAUCAUUUCUUCUUUCCCGAUCCUUUGGCUGCGAAAUACGAACUCCAUGGUAUAAAAUUCCAAUGGACUGAUGGAAUCUUCGGUAUUGCAUUAAGUCCUAUCGAUAUUCACAACGAUAGGACCCUGUUCUUUCAUCCCAUGUCGAGUUUCAGAGAAUUCGCAGUCUCCACGUCUGUCCUUCGAGACAAGAGAAUGGUCGAUCAUAAUACCGAUAAAUUUAUACCGAUUGGAAGACCAAGAGCCAAGGAUUAUGGUCAUUCGUCUGGUUCCGUUGUCGACAGAAACGGUGUAAUGUUCUUCAACAUGGUUACUCGUGACUCAGUAUGGUGUUGGGAUACGAGAAAGGAAUAUAUACCUGAGAAUUUAGGUGUAAUAGGUACUAGUAACAUCUCAUUAGUCUUUCCUAAUGACAUUAAAGUCGAUCAUGAGGAAGAGCAAAACGUUUGGAUGAUCUCCAAUAGGUUACCAAUGUAUCUCUAUGAAAAUUUAGAUAGCAGUAAGAUCAAUUUUAGAAUCUUCAAGGCACACGUUAAGGAUGCUGUUAAAGACACUAUUUGUGAUCCUGAUCACGUGGUACCUGAUUAUGGUCAGGGUUAUGAUGAAACUUGUUGAAUGUUGUAAGAAAUUCACUUGAAGUUUUGAAUAGUUAAAAUAAAACGAUCGAACAAAUUUAGCUUAUGUACAAUAAUUAUUAAGAUGAUGAAAAUAUUUUAUUAACAAA